UAUUGUUUUUUUUUUAACCAAACCUGCAGGGUUUCAGGCUGUCACAAUUUGCACCAGUGCAAAAAAAACAAAAAACAAACCCUGUUAGCGUCUCUGUCCUGUAGUAAUGUCACAGUGGAUGUACGCCGUUGACGCCACCUCCUCCAUGUCCUCCUCUUUCUUUAUCUAGCGGAAGGUGCACUCUACAAUUAUGGAGUUUUGAAAAAAAAAGUGAACACUUUGGGGGGGAAAGGGGGCCUUUCCCCUCAAGUCUGAUGGUUGGACUGCUGGACGAGAAGAAGGACACUGUAAACACACAAGGGAGGAGGAUUCACUGUGAAGAUUUGGUGGCGGUCAGGAUGAGUCUGGCACCGCCGGACUGCACCCCCAAAUGCCGCUCACAGCAGCAUGCAGACGAGGUGAUAGCGGCGCUUACCGGCGGCUCUGAGGGGCAGCUGCGGGCCUUCUUGACGUCACACUGCCACAAUGCGGCCACCUUGCGGGAUGCUUUCGGUCGCAACGCCCUGCACCUGGCAGCCUCUCUGGGAAAGAAGGCCCUACUAGAGUGGCUGUUGGAGAGCAAGAGCGCUGACCUGGUGGUGAAGGAUAAAGAAUCCGGCUGGACCGCUCUGCAUCGCAGCGCUUUCUACGGACAGAUCCACUGUCUCAUAUCACUAGUCAAGCAUGCCGGACUCCUCUCCACCCAGGACAAGGAGGGCCUCUCUGUUCUGGACCUAACAAUGAAGGACAGACCAUCACAUGUUGUGUUCAAAAACACUGACCCAACUGAAGUGUACACGUGGGGAAACAAUACUAAUUUCAGUCUCGGGCACGGUAAUCAGGAGAGCCGACAGCACCCUGAGCUGGUGGAUGUGUUUGCAAGGACCGGAGUUUACAUCAAGCAGGUAGGCUAACAACACCCUGCUGUUGUCGCAGCUCUCCAGGGAGUAAGGACAUGUUUUCCUACAGUGUAGGGCUUCCCUACCAUGAAAACCCCACUUAGAUGUGUCACACCAGUAAUGACUUCAUGAU